AUCUAAUUACCGAACACUGUAGGCUGUGUCCAUGGCGUCCUUCACCUGCUCUUCGAUUUUGCCUAUUGGUGAUGCGAGAAGCGGGAACUCGCGAGCUCCAAGCUGCACAUUCCAGCCUCAGGUUUGUUGCGGGAUUCAAAGGGAUGAUAAUGGACGCCGUAUUUGGCGAAGAAGAACAUUGGAACACCCAAAGAAGCAAUACAAAGAAGGACGAUAUGUUGCGUUACAAGCUGCAGAGAGUUCCAUUUGUGGAAGAACAAGUGAGGAAGAUAAGGGAAGUUGGGAAGGUGAUGACGAUGGAUAUAGAGCGGUUGCUAUUGAGCGAAGACAAUCGCUUUGAGUUUGUCAACAGUGUAGCAGCUGAAGCAACAGAGUACGUGGAGAAAAACAGAGACGAAUAUGGAGGUACCAAAAAAGCCAUCUUUCAUGUUCUGAGCAACCGUGUGAACGAUCUCGGCUUUGAUCGCCCUGAAGCUUAUGUGGAAUCAGAUCCUUACAAACCCGGUCCUGGCUAUUUGAAGGAGUAUUACACAUGAGUGUGUUUAUUCAUAACAUUUUAUUACAAACCCGGUCUUCCUUGUUGUAUUACUAUUACCAAAUCAGUCAAUGCGUUUACAUUUCACGACAAUGUCCAUCUCCACAUUGAUCCUUACUCCAUUCGUUUAAACCAACCACUUGGUCUUUUUAUAUCAUUGAAUAUAUACUUGCAUUUGUGAUAAAAUACAAACACAUUUA